AAGCUUCGUUUUUAAAGGCACAGGCCAAUUUUAUGGGUGAGGGCGCAGAGGAAACAGCUGAACACAGAAAAUCUCAGAGGGAGUAGACAGAAAAGAAGCGACUGGAGAAGGAAAGAGGAGACAGAUCGGAGAAAAAGCGACCGAGGCUGAGCUACGGAACUUAACUGCGUUCAGCGUCCUUUGAAUUGUUAUUCUAUCUUGUUAACUUAACGUACAUGAACAAGGAAACAUACGUUAGGUCGCUGAAUUUAAAUAUAAUUGCCGUGCAAAUCGAUUAGCCAGGUCCAGCUUGAAGAAACAACUCUGUGGACACGAAGGAAAUGCUUGCUUAACCCUGUCGUUGCCAGAUUGAUUACUUGAUGUCUACCUCGUAGCGGGGAAGCGACACCCAGCUGCCAGCCCAACGCUUUCAGCCCUUCAGCCAGAGAGGAGGAGGAGGAAGGGGGGGGGGGGGGGCGAGGAAGAGACCAGAACUGGGGGAGAAAUAGCCCAAAACCAUCUGUAACAGGAGGGAGUGGCGGAGCAGAGGAAGAGACAGAGAGAGAGAGCGAGUGUGAGAGAGAGAGAGAGAGCGAGAGGGGCGUUUUCGAUUCUUUAAGGAAGGGUUCUCCACUGGAAUGCCUGUGACAUAAUGAUGUCCGCGGGUCACACGUCACACGAAGAUGCCCAGGAGGGGUGUGUCCGGGUCUUGUCCAUACCGAGGACGGGUUUUUGGAGAGCCACUUCCUGUUUAGUCACUUCCUGUCUGUUGGACUUCCCUUCCAGCAGCCUGCCAGCUCACUGACGUCCAGCCAUUGGUGGAGUGUCCCAGGACGGUGCUGAACCCCUUCCCCCCUCCCACUGGGGAUGGUGUCGCUGGUACACAGGAGCAGCUGCAGCAAUGGACGGGCACCUGGGGUAGAAACAGGGGGGCAGAAGUGUGGCACGGGGCAGAUGUGGAGCACCCAGGAGGGCAUGAGAGGACAAGAGGGGUGCUCUGCUGCUACGGUCUUCGCUGAAAGGAAUUUGCUCCGCGUUACCGACAGAGAAGUGACUCUUUAGGCUGACACUCCAGGGACGAGAGCGGCUCUCACCCGUUUUGCACUUUAAAAGAAAAAAAAAAAGAAAGAAAAUAAUAAAAUAAAUCGUUUUUACUUGACCACGCCCCUCGCAACAUGCGGCACAUCCACAUGGAAAUCGCACACCUUCACAAGGAGCCCCCGGCCCGAGAGGGGGAUCUCCCCGGCGGGGGGCAGAGAGGGGGCGUGGCGUCAGGGGCGGAGCCGGAGGCGGGGCCUGGGCAGGGGGAGGGGCCGCUGCGGCCCUUCGGGGAAGAGGAGAUCAAGCUGCAGAAGGUCUACCAGCUGUCCAUCUUCUCACAGCGGCGGGGGCUGGCGGACCCCCCCGAGGGGCAGCGGGCCCUCAGGUCGGGGGCCAAGAGGGCCCCGGAGGAGCCGCCGCCGCCGCCGCCGGCUCACAAGCGCCCCCACCUGGCGGGGCAGGGGGACGACAUGGACAGCGAGGUCCUGUGCGGUCCCGGCCAGCCCGUUUCCCCCGCGGGGGCGAGCGGGGCGGAGCCCCCCCACUCCCCAAACCCCCAGUCGCCCAGGACCUCCCUGCCCGGGAGGCGUCCGGCGCUCCACAACCACCAUCGCCCCCUCCCCGAUUCACAGGCUCCCCUGUCCCCCAAAUACCAGCCUCUGUUCGACUCCCACCCUACGCACUCCCCCAAAUACCAGCCCCUGACCGACCCCCAUCCUGCACACUCCCCAAAGUACCAGCCCCUCUCCGACCCUCACCCUACGCUCUCACCAAAAUACCAGUCCCUCUCCGACCCCCACCUGGCACUUUCCCCAAAGUACCAGUCCCUAUCCGACCCUCACCUGACACUUUCCCCAAAAUACCAGCCCCUCUUCGACCCCCACCCUACACACUCCCCAAAAUACCAGUCCCUCUCCGACCCCCACCCUACGCUCUCACCAAAAUAUCAGCCCCUCUCCGACCCCCACCCGGUACUCUCCCCAAAAUACCAGCCCCUCUCCGACCCCCACCCGGUACUCUCCCCAAAAUACCAGCCCCCGUCCGACCCCCAGGCCCCAGUGUCUCCCAGGUCCCAAUCCUUCUCUCCCAAAUACCAGCCUCUCCUGGAUCCCCAUUCCCCACUCUCUCCGAGAUACCAGCCUGACCCCCAGUAUUCACUUUCCCCAAAAUACUACCAGCCGCUGGUCGACCCCCAGUCCCCACUGUCUCCUGGGUACUCUCCCCUGCGUGAACCCCAGUCCCCUCUCUCUCCUCGAUCCCUGCCCCCGGACGACCCCCUGCCCCUGCCCCAGGACCCCACGGCCCCGGCCGCCCUGCCCAGGACUGAGCCACAUUCAGCGGGCGGUGGUCGGGGCCUCUCCCCCGGGAACGACGACGGCUCCGACGGGAGCUCGGACGCGGACGCCCCCGCUCGUCGGAUCCCCUGCCGACCGGCCGGGUCCCCGCCCACGGGCCCCCUGGGGCCCGACGAGGCGAGGGCCUGGGUGGAGAGUCUGGAGGCCUCCCCUGCGGAGCGAACGGCCGGCCCGGCGACUUCCGGGGGGUCCUCCCCCACCCCCCCGUGCCCGGCCAAAAAGAGGCUCCUGUCCUCCAGCGACACGGGGGAGUCCUGCUCCGAGGACGAGGGCCCGUCCACCAGCAAGAGGAGCCGCCUGGCCCUGCUGGCCCCCGGCCUGGGCCUCGGGGCCUGCCGCAGCACGGACGCCAAGGGCGCCCCCUUCUGGAACCACCUGCUGCCCGCGGCGCGCGACACACCCAAGGGUUCCACAGAUGGUAUGCGAGUGAGAAGAAGAUUGAACUGCGCAAUCCGGCUGAAAUCGCGUCAGCUGCGUAGUGGGCGGCGGUCAGAGCCCUGUCGCUCAGGGCGCCCCAGCUGGCCCUCUGCCUCCAUCAGCCACUCACUCCUGGGCAACUUUGAGGAGUCCAUCCUGAAGGGGCGGUUCUCCCCGUCGGGCCGGAUCGAGGGCUUCACGGCAGAGAUCGGAGCGAGUGGGUCCUACUGCCCCCAACACGCCACCCUGCCCGUCCAGGUCACCUACUACGACAUCUCUGAGCACAGCGCCCCCUCUCCCUUCCUGGGGGUAAUCUACCUGGAGGCCCUGGGGAAGAAGGGAUACAGCGUACCCAAAGCAGGGACCAUCCAAGUGACCUUAUUCAACCCCAACAAAACCGUGGUGAAGAUGUUCCUGGUGACCUACAACUUUGGGGACAUGCCUGUCAAUCACAUGACCUUCCUGCGCCAUCGCAUCUUUUUGGUGCCAGUGGAGGAGGGGGAGGGGAAAGGGGAGGGGCCAGAGGGAGGGGCCACAGACAGGAAAAAGAUCCUCUGCUACCUGAUACACCUCAGAUUCCAGAGCUCCAAAUCUGGGAAGCUCUACUUGCACGACGAUAUCCGGCUGCUGUUCUCCCGUAAGUCCAUCGAGGUGGACACGGGGAUCCCCUACGAGCUGAAAUCCUACACCGAGGUGCCAAAAAACCCAACGUACUCCCCCCGGGUCUGACCCUCUGCGAACGCUGCCCCCCGGUGGCCUCUCCUGAGGACCGCGCGGAGCAGACUCGAGACUUCGUACAGGACGAGAGGAAAUUAAACCCAAGGACACUCGAGAGACAAAAUGUGCACCCGUGCACAUGCACAUGUGGACAGAGACACACACACACACACACACACUCACCUCACAGGACUCUCUUUGGUUUCAGCGUUAAAUAUGCAUGCCUUGUAACAAAACUGAGUUCUCUCCUAGUGCCGUUUUCUACCGUUAGAGAAAAAAAAAAACUAGCCUUUCUUUCUGAAUGCACACCCUGCCAGGCCCCUCCCUCCCUAUCCUGAGUGGACCAAUGACAUCUGGACAGCCUGAACUAGUGGCCCAAUUAAAUCAUAGGACCCCUCUAGUGGACUUCUGCUAAGGCGUGGAAGGGAAAAUGAAUUAUUUUUGGAAACAAGCCAAGGACCAGGAGAAAACUCCAAAAUAACCAUAGAGCGUCUUUGGUUCCUGAUUGAAUAAUCUCAAGGGGGUUGGCUGUUCCAUCAAAAGAUGUGGCUAUACUCAACUAAGGAGUUGUAAUGUCUGGUAAAAUGUGUGUGACCCUCGUUGUCCAAACGUCUUUCUUGGCAAAGAGUGGUUUUCACACAGUGCGACGUUGCAGAGUGUUUGAAGACGCCCCCUAGCCUGGCUUGGCCUGGCCUGACUUGUUCAACUGUGCAUGAUGGGGGUGGGAGGAGCCAGUGGAUGGGGUGUGGCCACAGAUGGGUGUGGCUUGUGCAGUAUGCAUUGCCAAGCCCUUGUAGGAGAAAGACUGAAGAACUUCAUAUUUCUGUUAACAGUCUCUGUGAUAGGAAGACAGGCAGUAGUGUUUCCUUUAUUUUGCAGAUGUCUUAAAAGCAAUAUGCUGCACCGUUUUGUGAGUGUGACUUAUUUUGGCAGAACAGAACAGUGUAGAGUCAAAUGCUUGUGGAUGAGGGAGGUGAGAGGGUGGGAAGGAUGGGGAGGGGAGGGUAGUUAGGGGUAUUUAAAAUUAAAAUAUAUAAAUAUAUUUGAAGUAUAAAAACUCUAUGGCUUGCAGGUAACACAGGUGCUUGGCGACGGCUGUUAAAUUGGUGAACUGUAUUGCAUGUGUGAAAGUUCUCAAAAAUGGGUAUUUUCUUGUUUCUGUCAUCACGACAUCAGUAAUUGUAUGCGUACAGUCAGAGUUCAGUAUUCACAACAGGCAUCAAAAUCAGUAGGUACCUGACAGAGUCUAGGACUGGAGCUUCAGUGCUUCUCGGAACACUGCCAUUUAUCAGACAUCCGCACGCCUUAUUUUAUUUUUGUUUUGUCUAUUUAUCACUGUUUACAGUGUGCGGAACUCCUUACCUCACAUUUGUGUGCACUGCGCAUGUCUUUGUGAACAAAAUUUGGAAACUCCGUCAGUGUUAAGCCAACCGACCAGGCGCAAACACAAGCCAUUACCGGGACCUCUUUCGAUUAAACCUUUUGAGAGACCAAAUUAACUUGCUUUUUGGACAACCAGUGUUUAAUUUGAAGCACACCUAAACAAGAAGAAUACAAAUACGGCUCAUUUUAGCACAUUGUUUGCAAUGUAUCCUUUCACAUUCAUUUAAGAAGAAAAAUGCUUCAUCUGCUCUUUCUUGGCAGAAAUUUUAAAUGGGUUUGUCCAGGCUGCCAGGAAUUAUUAUUGAUUGUUGUUUUCUUAUUGGAAUACAAAGUUUCAAUUUCUAAAAAUGGAUUACUGAGCUAUGAGAAUGUUGGUUGGAAUGUCAGUUAAAUUGCUUUUCGUGUAAUUUAAUUUAGUGCCAGAAAUUGAGAGCUCAAAUAAUCCAAGUUGUACUGCAGAACAGUGCUUCUUAAACGGUAAAAGGCAUUUGUAAAGAUAUAAGUGCUGACUAAGGUUGUUUCUUUUCAAUUCAAAAGGUCAGGAUUCAAACAUGGUUUCUAUUGCAGCUCUCAAUCGUUAUUUUGAUAACAUGCAAAUAUUUCCAGCAUAUCUAAACAUGCAUUAUUUAUUUUUUAAAAGGAAAGAUUUAGCAACAAUGCAUUUGGCAACUUUUGUAUUAACAUCCAGGUUUAUAAAUGUUUUUUUUUAAAGUCAAGACAACCAAAAUUGGAUUAUACCUAAGUACAGUGGUUUUGUUUGGGUACUGCAAAUUAUACAGGACACAGAUUCCCAGUGUCCCCGUGUAUAAGUCUCAUAAUUGCACAGCAGAGGGGGGAUUUGUCACACCGCGUGUCGUGUUAAAACACACAGGUGUAUCCAUCUUAUUUGAUCUCAUUUCCUGUGGACGUACUGCUCUCCUCUGAGAUUUUUAUUUGGACGCCUGCAGGACAGCGCACCACCGGGCAUGGUGAAGACAGACAGUCUGUUGACACCCAGGAAUAAUAAGACAGAGAUAAGACCGGCAUGACGUUACCUUACUGGAAGAAAAAGGAGAGGUGCUCCACCAAUCCCGCAGUAUGUUGGUAUCAACCAAUGAAACAACACCAAUGGUGAUUGGUGGAUAUGUGCUAGUUGUGCUUCCAGGAUCGCUGCAGGGAGUAGCCAGAAAGCAUCCAGCAAUUUGUGACACCAUUUGUUGUAUUGGUUUGUACCAAUGUACACUGUGAAUGGUGGAACUCCUCUGUUUUCCAUAAGUAAUGUAAAAUCACUCUCUUAACCCUGUUUUAUUGUCUGGGACCCAAUAUGUGAAUGCUUUACCUGAGUGUAACCAUAGCAACAGUCUGAUUGGUCAGUGCAACAUUCAAAGGAGCAAUCAGUGUCUCACCUCAUGACUAAUCUGUUGACAUUCUUAUAACAAGCCGGGCACACUUCUGACAGGACCCAGAAUACCCUUGGGUCUAACAGAUCUCAUCAGCCAAUCAGGACCAAUCAGAAAUGUACCCUUCAACCAGAUGAGCGUGAGAGCCCUGUGUUUCUUUGCAGCCCUGGGUUUUGGACCUUGCCAAGAGUAAACACCUGGAACUGGUCUCUUUGUAUACAGAAUAAAAGUUUAAAAAAUUGUG